GUUUUAGCUGAAGACAAAAAACCGGAACCCUAGCAAGCAUCAAUGGCGUCCUCGUCGUCGCUGGCGAAGAGAUGCCACUACGAAGUGCUCGAUCUCCCCCAAGACUGUUCUCCCGAGGAGAUUCGCUCCUCCUACCGCCGCCUUGCCCUUCAGCGCCACCCGGACAAGCUCAUAAAAUCGGGUAUCUCCCAAGAGGAAGCCACCGCGCAGUUCCAGGAACUCCAACACGCAUACGAAGUUCUCUCCGACCCCAAGGAACGCGCUUGGUACGAUUCCCACCGUUCCCAAAUCCUCUUCUCCGACCCUAAUUCCCUCUCCAAAUCGGUCGUCCCGGACCUCUUCUCCUUCUUCUCAAACACCGUCUAUUCCGGCUACUCUGACACCGGAAAGGGCUUCUAUAAAGUUUAUUCUGAUGUUUUCGAUAAAAUCCACGCCAACGAAAUCAAUUUCGCGCGGAAAAUGGGGCUCGGAGUUGAGGCGGUUCGACAGGCUCCUCUAAUGGGGAACUUGGAUAGCCCCUACGCGCAGGUCACUGCGUUUUAUGGAUAUUGGUUAGGGUUUUGUACUGUGAUGGACUUUUCUUGGGUGGAUGAGUAUGAUGUUAUGGCAGGGCCGAACCGGAAGUCGCGGCGGCUUAUGGAGGAGGAGAAUAAUAAGGCGAGGAAGAAGGCGAGAAGGGAGUAUAAUGAUACUGUGAGGAGGUUGGGGGAUUUUGUGAAGAAGAGGGAUAAGAGGGUGAUUGAUAUGAGGGUGAAGAAGAAUAUGGAGAUGGAGAAGAAGAAGGAGGAAGAGAGGGAGAAAAAGAAGAGGUUGGAGAAGGAGAGGAAGGAGAGGGCCAUGGCGUAUGAGGAGGCUGACUGGGCUAAGGUUGAUAAUGAGGAGGAGGUAGAGGAAUGGGUCGAGGAGGGGGAGGAGGAGAAGAAGAAGAAUGAUAAGGAGUUUUAUUGUGUGUUAUGUGGGAAGAAGUUUAAGAGUGAGAAGCAGUGGAAAAAUCAUGAGCAGUCCAAGAAGCAUAAGGAGAGGGUUGCGGAGUUCAGGGAUUCCAUUGGUGAUGAGCAGGAUUUGGAAGAAGGAAAGGAGGGACUGGGAAAUGAGGAAGAUGGGGUUGGGGUGGAUGGUGAUGGUGGUUAUGGGGUUGGUGAUUUGGAAGCGAGGAUUCGGGAUGAUCUUAAUGUUGAAGACGGGGUAAUUAGAAACGGGGUUGAACCGGAUGAUGAUGAUGAUGGCGGUGGUGAUGAGUUUUCCGAUGCUUCGCAUGUGAAGGAGGGGGAAGAUUCCAAUGGGUCGGUUAAUCUUGAUGUUAGUGGCAAUCAAGAUGGUGAUAACGAUGAAAAUGGUGUUCUUGAUGAGUUUUCCGAUGCUUCGCAUGCGAAGGAGGGGGAAGAUUCCAAUGGGUCGGUUAAUCUUGAUGAUAGUGGCAAUCAAGAUGGUGAUAACGAUGAAAAUGGUGUUCUUGAAGCAAUGGUGGCUGGCCACAAGAACAGAAAGCCGCGAGCUUCAACCCACAAAUCCAAGGCUUCAAUAUUUCCAUCUCAAAUUGAAACUGAGAAGGAUGAAUUUGGCCCUACGGAGUACAACAACCGGAAGCCCACGAGAAAGAAACGUAGAGCUAAGAAAGAGAAGGGUAGGGAAAAUUGGGAAGAAUCUCAGGGGACUGCUUCCAGUUGCAAUGAUGAGAACAUAAACGGUAAAGGAAAUGACAAUUCUCAUGGAGAGGAGUCUUGUUCCCAACAUUUUACGGAAAAUGGGGAUAACAUUAUUGGGAAUGAGCAGGUUAGUAGAGGUAAUAAGAUUUCAAACCAACCCGCUGAUAAAAAGGGAGCUGGCAAGGACACAAAAAUCACAGCCAAAAUUUCAUCCAAAGGAAGAAAAGCAAAGGUGACAUCGAAAAACAUUGGUAAUACUUGUGAUGCGUGUGGAGAGGAGUUUGAGUCAAGAAAUAAAUUACAUAAACAUCUUGGCGAUUCUGGGCAUGCGACAAUAAUAAGAGGUCGAUAAAGGAAGCUGCAGUUGGAAUUAUUCAAUUCAAGCGCUUCCCCGAGUAUAAUUCCAGUUCCAGAUAUUUACCGGCAAAAGAUAUUGUUCCAUUCUUUAAUUCUUAAUAGUGUUUAAGAAUUUUUGUGUAAUCCUUCGGCAGAAUGAUUCUGUUAUUUAUGUCAUAGUUGAGAGAGACAUGGAUCCCUUAGUAUGUCAAUUUUUUAGUUUCAUGUCUCGAGCAGAGAAGUGUUUAAACGAAUUAUAGUAAAAGAAAAUCUUGAUUUAUUAUAGAUGAUCAUUUUAAUCUUUGGA